AUGAAAGCUGCCGUCGCGCACCUUGAUUGUUUGCUGUUCAUUGAUGUGAACUGCCUGCUACAUCAGUAUCACCUCAUUGUAAAAGACAGCCUGCUUCUCAUGGACUCGUUUUUGUCAAAGCUGAAAGAGACGCACCCAGACAUUACUUCGGGCUUCGAGUCUUACGUGUCCAAUCUUGCAAAGGCCUGCAACUUUUGGCGGAGCCAUGUUCCCGAGUUUAUAGAUGCCUGGGAAUCUGUACAUGGGUUUGGGAAAUGCAGUCGAAGAAGUGAACCUGACCCUGUCAAGUACAGAAGAUAUCCUUUAGCAGUGAUAUCAGGAAGGUGGGGCAGUGUCGAAAAUAGUGAGAACUUCUUCAUCGAGAGGUCUCGCGAGCUUCUGGAACCAGUCUACUUAUCAGUGCUCAGCCGCUACAUGAAAUCGAACAAAGAGGGGCCUGGGAGCAGCAAGGACACCAAGGCCGGCAAGGCAGCUGCCCGCAAACCAAAGCGAACUGUGGACGAUGAGCCACGCGCACACGCUCAGGAUUUGUUGGACGCAGGCGAGAGCAAGGAGGCCUAUGCGCUGAAGAUGUCGAAAUGGGCAGAAGGCGCCAUGCGCACCAUCCGAAAUUCUUUGUUUUGGAUGUUUCUCCUGGUAUCUUCAAAGGUUCGAGGUCCAUUAAACCAUUUUUUCGCAUGGGCUCAGCAGCAAUCCGACAAUCGGCUCAUCCAGCAGCUGGUGACUGGAAAAGCUGACGCUUUCCAGAAUGAGUUUGGCGAGUUGUUGAGCACUUUCGACAAAUGGUUUGGCGAGGCGCUUGUCGAAGCCUCUGCGACAGGAUGGCCGGCAGAAGUGACGAACCUGGUGCGCACUUUGUCUUUCCGUAUGUUGGUGCACGCAGCAGCCAGCUUCUACAUGCGGAUCACGAUGCAUGUGCAAACGCAACGGGUUGCUGAGGAGAUAUUGGGCAGCGAUAUCUUGGAGGCUAACUGCCGCAAGAUCCGGACGCUGUGUGAGGCGGAGCUGCGGUACGUGGCGCAGGAAGGUCGCUUUGACUUAGCAGCAACCCCGUAUGGAUCAAAACUUUUUGCGAUCGUCUCUACCCUCGCCGAAUUGUUGAAAGCGGAUACGCAAUUGGUGGAAUCUAUAAACAGCAUUGUGCGUCUAAUCGGCACUCGCUGUCCAAGGAUCGACUUGGAAACCAUGAGUGCCCGAAUCACCACGAAAAAAGCGGUGACAGGCAAUCUUCCGCGUGGGAGCGAGUCAAAACGUUGGAGCAAUGUAUUCUUGUAUGCCAAGCCGCUUCUUCUGGAAAUGACGAGCGCCGGCGACAGCUACAAACAAAUUCUGCACGACGUUGGCCGUUGGUCCCAGCCGACACGCACAUCAAUGUCAGUGCUUGAUGCAGCGCUGAAGAACACGGAUCUUACAAAGGCAUUGCCAGACUUGAAGCCAACGCCCGAGCGGAAGUGGGCUUCUUCACACGCUGCACUGAUAAAGAAGGCUGUGGACGCAGCCAAGCGAGAGUCAGCAAAACUCAAAGCCUUUGCAGCAUUGCGGCCUGCGUCAAUGACUGUCAUCUGCAUUAGACAGAGCCAGGAGCAGGCAUUGCAAUUUUUCUUGCAAGCCACGUCAUAUCGAUCGAUUCUGUUUGUUGUCAAGUUGCAAGCGAAAGCGGAUGGUUCUUUGGAAGUCCCGCGUGAUUUGCAGAUCACCACGACGAUGCACUUGCUGAAUGGCUUGCACGGCCCUUGCCACGACCCGACAGCGCCGAAAACCUAUGAGGUCUUUACCAUGAGCGCAGUCCAUGUGAGUGGCAGGCAAAUCAAGUGCAUUCAAGAUGAUGCUGGCCAGGGGCUUCGCCUUUGCGCUGCAAACACACUUCUUGCUGGAUCGCCUGCGUCUUUCAUUCAGAAGGGAUCGGAUGUCAAGUCUGCGCAGCUGGCUCUGGAAGACAUGGCGGACGCGGAUGGUGAUGAUGCUUUGGAUGCCAGUUUGGACGCCGAGCUUUUGGGCAGUGGCUACUAUAGUUAUGGUUUUGGCGAGGAUGUUGCCGACUCAUGCUCAGCAUCAGCUGAACUGGAUGUGGAGCUUGGCGCAUCUGCUAUUGAUGCUGCAAAUGCUCGGCGCAUUCAACAAGCCGCCGGGAAAUCCACACAUGGGGCUGGAGAUGCACCUCGUUGCGAUGAUGUUGGCUUGCUUGAUGAAGCCAUGCAGCUGGUACGGGCUAUGCACGCAGAUUCCGGCAUCGUCCUGACUGAAGCAGAGCUGGAGGAAGAAGCGUUGUUGCUUGUCAUCCGCCAGGUGGAAGAUGGCAAACAGAAGCAAGGCAGCAGUGCUGGUGAUGGAACGGGUAGAAAGAGGAAACGCGGACAAGCUGGCAUGUCUGCGCCCGUGCAGGGCGAGAUGACAUCAUCUGUGCAGCCGAAAGCAGUGGACGAGGCUCAGCAGUUGCUUGCCCGCCGCGGCUCUGACAAGACGGCCAGCAAGUACAAGUGCUUGGAGGAUGACGCAAUUUUUCUUGGCCAAAUUCUGGCGGAGGCUGGGGAUGAUUCGGGUCCCGAGGACAAUGCCGAGGGUGCUUCUGUAGUGGCCGCAGUGGCUGCCUCCGAUGAUGGCAAGAUUGAGGAGACAAGGCGGCGUGAGCUGCCCAAGUGCAUUUCCUCUUGGGAGAAAGCUGUCGCAACAACUUUGGAGAGUUGGUCAGACAGGAGCCGCAGGUGUGCCUUGGGCAUGGGUCAUCAGGAUGAAGUGUCAUUCGUGGUCAGCCUGCCUUUGGAGUGGAGACAACUGGACAUGCAGGGUGGAGACGAUUCUGCAGCAGAAGAUUGUGCGCUGGAGCUCAUUUGUGUCCGCUGGACGGACACUCAGAAAAGAGAGGGGCGCCAGGUACGCAUUGAUUCUCAGAACCGUGUAGUCUUUGCACCCAGCCAUGUGUUUGGUGCUGCAGUCGCAAGCCAGGGCUACCCCCGAAACUUGUUUUACGACCUGCUGCAUGCAAGUGGAGCGCAGUCGCGCCGUUACAAGGGUGGAUUGCGAGACCAACUUCCGCCGAGCGUGGUUAGGUUCCUGGCAUUUGUGCGAUUGGUGUGCAGCUUUGCAAACCACGUUUCCAGGCAAGCAAUUUGCAGGAGUGUUAAUUACAGUUGA